UCUCAUCUAAAAUCCUGCUGCUCACCAGAUAAAGCAUGGUUAAACCAGUAAGCUUUAAAUCCUAUUUGAGCUGAGCAUCUGUUAAUGAAGGAGAGAGAGAAACACUUGGAAGCCUCUAUCUAUUCUGUCGGAAGCUGCCGCACUGCUCUGCAUCCCAUGGAACCUGCUUUCUUUGAGGAAUUUUAUGUCUACAGGAGCAGUCUGAGUUUUUAAAGAUGGAGCAAAGAGUGGAUAUGGCCAAGAAAGAGCAGCAUUUUCAGAUAUUCAGUGACACAAUGCAGCCAAAUGGUAAGGACUAGUCUUUUGCUUGCUAAGCAGCUUGUAGUUUAAGUCGAGGGCGAUGGGUUGCUCACCUUCUCACAGUGGGAUCAUUCAGAGCAUUGCAAAAAACGCAGCCAAACCGUUAAAGAAAAAUAAAGAGGCUAUUCCUGCUGGCCAUGAAAAUGAUGGACUUACUAUCCCUUUGUUGGGAGCACAAAGAGCUAUCUGUGAACUGAGCUCUGGGAUAAUGACUCUGGAAAAUGGGCUAGAGGAUAAACAUUGGGUCUUGUCCCAAAAAGCAGCUGAGAGCAGUUUAUCUGUACCCGAGGGUGACAGGAAGGAUAGAGCACGUGACAUUGCAGAUGAGGCCAUGGUCCAUUUAAGUAAACAAAAGGAUCUUCCUGAAAGAGGAAGCAUAAGAAAGCAGAGUUCAACAGGAUCAGAACCAGAACUGGGCAAUGGGGAGCACAACCCAAGAAGGAGUAAGAAGUCCAAAAGACAGAGGUCUCUGAAGUGUCGCAGCACAAAAACAAGGGAUCAGGAAAUAGCUUUCCCUGAGGCAGAGAAGAAAGUGGAUUUUCCAGAGUUGCUUGUCAAAGCCCAUGAGCAUGCCUAUAGUUACCUGAAUCCUAAUCUGUCAAAGUAUGAAGCCAUCAUCUGCAUGGCAAACCAAGCCACAGAAACCCAACUGAUCAUGCAGCAGAUGAUCACCUUCAUGGCUCUUAGGUUUGACGAGAUCAACACAUGCAUGGAAGAACUUGCAGAAGAUGGGGAGAAAAUGUUAAAAGAGGUAGGGGGAAACUUAGUCUGGCCUGCUGUUAAAGGAGAUACUUCAGAACAUCCUGACUUGUUGCAGCAGUUACUACUAUACACAGUUAAUAAAAUGCAGGAGUUAAACAGCACAGUCUCAUGUCUGACCUCAAAUGCCUUGAAGGAAACUUGUAGUUACCUGCAAUCAGCCACCGCCAACUUACAGGAAAAACUGAAAGUGAAACAGCAGUCUGAUGAACGGCUGAUGAGGACCAUCAGACUGUUGGAAAGCUCAGCAUUUGAGUGUCCUCAAUCAAAUUCACAUGAUAUGGCUCUAUAUUCUGAAGACAGUGGCAUUGGAGGUGAUACUGAGUCCAUUAAGGAACGUAGGUGUGAUUCAGUAGGGCAAGAAAGUUUAAUAAAGGGUGAAGAAGAGCUCAUCAGCAAAGUUGCAAAACCUUCUAUGGACAUAAAGUAUAAGGAAACAUCUGAAACUAGAAUGAACAUAAAUGAAAAUAUACAUUCCUCACCAUCUGCCAAACCAAACCGACCAAGAGUUUAUCAACAAUCCAGUUUUGCAGACAGCCUCUCCUUGAAUUCAUUGGAUUCCAGUACCACCCUUGAGCAAGGCAGCAUCAAUAACCAAGACUCAGAUGAGACCAGUGACAGUGAUGACAGUUAUAAUGAUGGUUUAGACAACAAAAGUAUGUUGAGUCAGGCAACAUUAUCUCAAAGGCCUCUAUCAUCUCCUGCAGGAACCGGGGGCUACAAAAACCCCUCCAAAUGGCUGGAGAAUCCUUCUAAUGAAAUGUCACUAAAAAUGAAAGAGGCUAUCAGCGAGAAAAUUAAGUUUGUCCCUAAGAAAUCAAGAAGUCAUGUGUGGAAUAGAGAAGAAGAUGCCACGUUGGCCUCAAAGAGGCCUAGUACUGCAGAUGGAAAUAACCGGAGAACUUCUAAACAGAAAAGAUCUCGAUCUGCAGAAUCACUCAGAAGCCAGGCAGAGGAUCCAACUCUUGUAGAACUUCAGAGGACACAAAAAGAACUGGGCAGAAAGCUAGAACUCAUGUAUACAUCUGAUGGCAGUGCCAAAAAAGGAAGACAGCAGAAUAUGAAUGGAAAAUCACUCCAUAAUGAAAAUGUAUCAACAGCAAACGUGAAUUCUAGCAGCAAACUCAAGGCUUGUCUUGACAAAAGUUUUAAUAUUUUGCCUAGUCAGGAGAGAGUCUCCUUUAAAAGAUCUGAUAAGAGCAUAGCAAAAGACACCAAAAAUAGCUUGACAUCAGCAUCUAUAUUGCAACUACAUUCAGCAACCAAUACAAAUAUCCCAUUGACUGGACCAAAGUCAGAAGGUAAAAGUAUUUCCCCACGACAGUCUGUUCGGAAACUUAUUGAAACUUUUAGUCCAGCAGAUGAAUCAACACACAUCACAAGUGUCAAAUCUUUGGGACCACUGAGAUGUGUUAGAAAGUUUGGUGUUCCAGUCCUCCCUCCUACUAUUCCUGUAUUCCAGGCAUUACAACCAUUAGACCAAAGUCUACCAGUAAGGGAUUGGACAUCAAUCACACCAAGCACCUGCCUAUAUACAUCUCAUUCUGUUACUAAUUUUCCGUCUGCUGCAUGUGAAGACAGAACCAACGUAAAUGAGGAAGGGGCUGAAGAUUUAGAGAGCUUUCCUCCCCCUCCUCUUGAGAUACUUAUGGAUGAUUCUUUCAGUGUUCUCCAAUCUGAAGAACAUACAGCCACAGAACUCAAGACUUCACAAAGUAUACUGGCAAGUGGCAAACAAGCAACCUGCACAGAAAAAAAACCUUCUGCCUCUCAAAAGAUGAAAACGUCAAUAAAUGUGAAGGACCUGCUACCGAGUAAAAAUUCCACUGUGUCCUAUAUGUCUAUAAAGACUCAGGAACCAACUAGGAAAUUCUCUUUGGAAUCUGGACUACAACUAGCAGGUGGCAGGGAGAUCAACGCUGAAACGCUGAAAAGACAUGAAAUGGAGCAGGCGGCUCAUUUGUACAAACAGUCAUGCAAAAUAAUUCCACUGCAGAAUCCUGGAGAGGUGGUGAAGUCAGACAAUGAUGGAGAGAUGACACAGGCAUGUGCUGAUGUGCCCCCAACAUUUAAACAGAAACAAUAUUCUCCUGCUUCACAGAGGAAGAGUGAAAAGAUUCCAGCAGGUAUCAGAAGAGUUUCACCAACUAGAGCUACGGUUCCUUCUCCGCCAACUGAAAAAAGGUUAACCAAUCUACCAGUAAACACGACGUUGUUUAAAACUCAAUUCCAUACACAAAAAAGCUCUCCACCUGUGACUAGAAAUGCAAGCCAUACAAGCACUCCAAAAAUACCAAGCCCUCCAGUGCAAAGGAAGCUGCCUAGUCCAACAUCCCAACAGAAGUCACCCAGUCCCAGUGCUCAAAGGAAACUCCCUAGCCCACCACCCCAUCAAAAGUCACACAGUCUUGGUUUUCAGCGGAAGCUCCCAAGUCCACCGCCCCAUCAAAAGUCACCAAGCCCUGUGGUUCAAAGGAAGCUUUCUAAUUCUCCAUCCCACCAAAACUCAACAAGUCUACUUAAUCAGAGGAAGCUCCCUAGUCCUCCCUGUCAAAGGAAACUAUCAAGCCCACCUCAAGGGCAAAGACAACCAAGUCCACCAAAUCAGAGUAGCCUACCAAGUCCACCAAGCAGUUGUCGAGAUCCAAGUCCACCCAUAUACUGUACACCUUCUCCACCAAUGUCACCAUCAUUUUCAUACAAGGGUGCACGGCGGGGCUCUGAUGAUCUACAACUUUCCUCAAAAUGGAUUGGCAAUGCCCAGUCAAUAUUUUGCCCAUCAUCUAACUCCUUGUUUGAAACCAAACCAACCACCCCACCAACCUUUUCUACUAAAGAAACUCCCCCCCAAAGCAAUGGGACUACCCCUCAUCUGAGACACAGCUUUUCCAGUCGCCCAAAUGAAGACCAACACAGACGAAUUGCAAUGAGUGCUGCCAACCCUCAGCCUUUUGUACGGAGGAGUUACUCUGAUCGGAGGCCACGAGUACAACUUCGUCUUCCGGUGUCAAUCUCUGCAUCUGCAGUCAGCGAACCCAGUCUUCAGCAAAUAGGCUGUGAGGUGCCCACUCGGAGGGAGAGUGAGCCAUGGGCUGGGCAGAGCCUGGCUGACCUCAGAGCCUCGGACCCAGAUCUGUGUAUUGUGGGACAAGGGUUCCAGCCGGAGUGACUUCACCAAAAAUGGCAAAAAAUGGAUGGAAGAGACUUGCCUUCCCCAUACAGACAUGAAUGUGCACUACUCAUUUGUGUUAUGCACUUUAUACGCUGUUCCUUAUACUCUUUACUUCAUAUUUUAUUUACUAUCUAAUUACUGGUGCCAGAAGUUCAUGGAGUAUGUUGCUCCCAGUGUCAAACAGGAUUCCCUGAAAAAGUGUUUGAUUGGGGGCCGACAGAAUAUAGAUGAGCUAUGUGGCUUUGAAUUGGGUGACCAUUGC